GCCACCUCCCCUGUGGAUCCGCGGGCCACCUCCCCUGUGGAUCCGCGGGUUCUGGACGCCAUGCUGCCGUUUUUCACAGAGCAGUACGGCAACCCGCACUCGCGCACGCACCUGUACGGGUGGGAGAGUGAGGGGGCGGUGGAGGCAGCACGGCAGCAGGUGGCGUCUCUCAUCGGCGCCAGCCCUAAAGAAAUCAUUUUCACAUCGGGGGCCACCGAGUCCAACAACAUUGCCAUCAAGGGCGUGGCUCACUUCUACAAGGACAAGAAGAAGCACGUGAUCACCACACAGACAGAGCACAAGUGUGUGUUGGACUCAUGCCGGCACCUGCAGCAGGAGGAAUUUGACGUGACUUACCUCCCCGUCGGCUCCGACGGUCUCAUCGACCUUGAAACCCUAAAGGCCGCGAUCCGCCCCGACACGGUUCUUGUUUCGAUCAUGACUGUUAACAACGAGAUCGGCGUCAUCCAGCCGCUUGCCGAAAUCGGGCAGCUCUGCCGGGAAAACAAAAUCUUUUUCCACACCGACGCGGCUCAGGCGGCGGGGAAAAUCCCGCUAAGUGUCGACGAGCUAAACAUUGAUCUUCUCUCGCUUAGCAGUCAUAAGAUCUACGGUCCGAAGGGCGUUGGCGCGUUGUACGUGCGCCGCCGACCGAGAGUCAGGCUCGAGCCUCAAAUGAGCGGCGGAGGCCAGGAACGGGGUCUCAGGUCCGGUACCGUACCAACCCCGCUGGUGGUCGGGCUAGGUGCGGCAUGCGCAGUCGCCGAAGCGGAACUAGAGCGCGAUUACCUCCACGCCGAGCGCUUAAAGCAGCGUCUUUUAAAGGGGAUAACGUCGCAGCUGGAAGGGGUGGUGAUCAACGGCUCGGAUGAACCCGGGAAGCGGUACCCGGGCAAUCUGAACCUCUCGUUUGCGUAUGUGGAGGGGGAGAGCCUGCUGAUGGGGUUGAAGGAGAUUGCAGUGUCAAGUGGGAGUGCAUGCACGAGUGCAAGCCUCGAGCCCAGCUAUGUGCUGCGGGCGCUGGGCGUGGAGGAGGAAAUGGCCCAUACUUCCAUCCGGUUCGGAUUCGGUCGAUUCACGACAGAAGAGGAGGUGGACAGGUGA